UUUCGCGAAUCGUCGUCGUGUGUGAACCGUGCUUCAGCUGUUGGUAGUGGGCAAAGCUGAAACGAAGUGAAGCAACAAGUGAUUUGCAAACAUUCCGAGCGAUAUUUUCACAUUUCCGAGCUUUACACCGUUCUUCCAUUGCAAUGGCCCGUUACUUCAAGGAACAAGAUAUCGAUGAGUUUCGUGAGUGUUUCUACUUGUUCGCCCGUUCGGGCCACAUAACGACGCUGGAUGAGCUAACGGUCAUAAUGCGCUCGCUGGGGCUGUCCCCCACCAUACAAGAGCUGACCCAGUAUCUGAAGAAGAAAAAUGGACGAAUGAGCUUUGCCGAUUUUCUCGAGGUCAUGCAUCAGCAUUCGCGCGUGGAAAACCUUCCCGAUGAGGUCGUGCAAGCAUUUAAGGCCGGAGACAAAGCGGGCCGUGGAACGAUUCCGGCCCGACAGCUGCGUCAUCUUCUGCAGAACUGGGGCGAAGGGCUCUCGUAUCGUGAGGUGGAUAACAUUUUUCGUGAAGCAAAUGUGUCGAGCAGCGGUCAUGUCCGGUACAGUGAUUUCGUGCGAGUCGCUUGUGCUCCGGUUCCGGACUAUUAUUGACGACCAGUAGUCACAUAAGUGGCGUUACAUUCCAUCCACUUUACACUUUACAAUACUACAUCUUUUUACGUUAUUAGUUUGCUUACGAGACGGUUUCCCAAAAGCUGUAUUUAUGUUGCUGCAAUAAGAUAUACUAAAAUAUACGUAAUCACGAACGGUUA